AUGUCCCCACAACAUUUUGUUGACAUUGGUCAAGGAAACCUGGACGAAGGGAAGCCACUCGAAUGUGUUGGUCCUGAGCUAGUUGUUGUCGCCCGGUGUCUCACCCCUGUUGUGUCAUCCUUCACAUUGCUCAAGGACAGCGAUGCAAUAGUUGAGGGUGCAUUUGAUGCACUGAACCAUAACCAGUGGCUUCACCUGGCCUGUCAUGGAACACCAAAUCGACAACAACCAUUUGAAUCUUCCUUCGCAAUGUGUGAUUGGCUGUUGAUGGUCAAGGACAUCAUCUGGUCCAACUGGCAGGAUCCACAGUUUGCAUUCCUAUUGGCUUGCCACACUACCGCGGGUGAUGAAGAGUCCCGAUGA